GACUCAACAGCUCAGCGGCGUUUACGGCUCUGUUCCUCCGGGAGGGCGCCAUCAGCAGGUGGCUCUGGUUUCUACAGGAGGACUGUGUGGUAGCAUGGCAGGGGACAACAACCUGAGCUGACCCCCAGGAUCACAGGCAGAGCCAGGGAAGAUGCAUAAGCUGCGGAGCUUCUCUGUGGCCAAAUUGGCUCAAGUGUUCAGCAGAUUGUCCUCAAGACCAAAGAGCACAGGAGAGAGACCUUCAGCUCCGCUGGGUUCACGGAUUCUGACCAGUCCUGAUGACAUCUUCAAGCACAACAUGUGGGACCAUGUGCAAUGGACAGAAGAGGAUAAAGAAAAUGCACGGCAGAUGGCAAAAGAAAAUUCCUGUAUACAAAUUCCUUUCGAGGAACAAGGUAAAUUUGACACCGAGGCGUGCCAAUACUGGGACAAGUUUUAUGAGAUGCACCAGGAUAAAUUCUUUAAAAAUCGCAAGUGGCUGUUUUUAGAGUUCCCUGAGCUGCUUUCUUCAGGUGCAAAAAGCCAGAUCACAAACAGGAGUCUGGAUGAUCAGCAGGCAUCCAAUCAUCAACCAGCCGUGUCCAGCACAGACACAGAGACCAGACACCGGCAACACAACGGCCCCACAAACCAUCACAGAUGUACAGAAACCUGCAAUCAUCAGACAGAGUCCUGUCAAAGAGCAGCACAAGAAACGAAUGACGCCACUGCCAUACAGACUACUUUCCCUGGGCAGCAUGCAUCUUUCAGGAUCUUGGAGGUUGGAUGCGGGGUGGGUAACAGUGUAUUUCCCAUCGUUAAUUCCAUAAAAGAAAGGGACGCAUUUCUAUACUGUUGUGAUUUCUCUUCGUGUGCCAUUCAGCUGGUCAAGGACCAUCCAGACUACAAUGACUCUGUGUGUCAUGCCUUUGUCCAUGACAUUUGUGAAGAGAUGGCCUCCUUUCCCUUCCCCCCUCAGAGCCUGGAUGUUAUUCUGGCAGUCUUUGUGCUCUCCUCUAUUCAUCCCGAGCGAAUGCAAGGAGUUGUGAAUCGACUAUCUAAAUACCUGAAACAUGGAGGGAUUUUUCUCUUCCGUGAUUACGGGAGAUACGACUUCUCACAACUCAGGUUUAAGAAGGGGCGAUGUUUAUCAGAGAAUUUCUACACACGUGGAGACGGAACCUGUGCGUACUUUUUCACUAAAGAUGAGGUACAUGAUUUAUUUUCCAAUGCUGGACUGGAGGAAAUUCAGAAUCUAGAGGACAGACGGCUCCAAGUGAACAGAGGGAAGAAAGUUGCAAUGCACCGAGUUUGGAUGCAGAGCAAGUACAGGAAAUCAUAUUCACCUUCGCCAUCUUAACACGCCACCAUGCACAGCAUUAUUUGGAGCUAUAUGGAUUUUUCAUACUUUGCUGUUUAUGCAUUAAAAACUGAAAAACUGUUGUUUUUUAACUGUAGGUGUGUGUUUACAACAACAAAACUGUAUGUAAUAAACGUACAAAACAUAUUGUCAAAGAAAACAGUGUAUCCUUUGAAAGUAUGAAUCAUACCAUUUACUUUGA